AUAUUUCUGAGGGUCGAGUCAACACUCAACAAUCGCAGAGGCGCUUAAGCCCUAGCGCACGGCGAGGCUCUGACUGUGCACAGCUGCGCGCUUCUUCUCGGUCCUCUCUCAGGUGCCCCUUGCUUCGUCAGACCAGCGACGAUCAGAGGAGUUGCCGCAGCAGCGACAGACCAGAAGCUGUUAUUCACCGAGGAAGAUUUUUCUUCUUCGGUUCUAUGCUUCUGGUACUUCCCAGCUGGUACAGCGCUUUGUUAUGCCUUUUUUCAAUGUUGGAGUCUAUGAUAUCAUCUGGUCGAAAAAAUUGCAACUACUUUCUUGCUCCAAGGGAAGAACUCCUCGGUCAUUGGCAAUAGAAACAUAGUGGCUAGUGGUGGUUUCAAGAUUAGGAAGUCAAAAGUCGUGGAAUUUCCUAUUUUAGACUGAUGUGGCGGCUAUCUUGUACUGGUGUAGAUAUUUCCCUCUCUGCAAUGUUCACAAAAAUUCCAAAAGAGCGCCAUCUAAUUUAAUGACAUUUGCUCCAUAUUCUUUUAACUUCAUGGAGGAAACCAAAGACAAACUCAAAGAAACCCCUCAUAACCCUAAACCAAUAUUAGAGCUUGCUUGGUUUGCCCUCCUAGCCACAUGCAUCAAGCUCCUUCUCAUCCCCUCCUAUCAUAGCACAGACUUUGAAGUGCAUCGCAAUUGGCUUGCUCUGACCCAUUCCCUCCCUCUCUCCCACUGGUACCUUGAUGAGACCAGCCCAUGGACCCUUGACUACCCUCCAUUCUUUGCUUAUUUUGAACGCUUCCUUUCCAUUUUUGCUAGUUUCAUUGACCCCCAGAUAGUUGAUCUUCACAAGGGACUCAACUAUAACUCAAGCACAGUUGUAUACUUCCAAAGAAUAAGUGUUAUUGUCUCAGAUCUCAUUCUCUUUUGUGGUGUUUAUUGUUUGACAAAAAAUUUGAACUUCAGAAAGCGAUUUAUGAUAUGGGUUUUGGUUGUCUGGUCCCCAGCCCUCAUGAUUGUUGACCACAUGCAUUUCCAAUAUAAUGGAUUCCUUUUAGGUUUUUUGUUGAUUUCAAUAUCGUGUUUGGAGGGAGGGAGGGACUUGAUGGGGGGGUUUGUUUUUGCAGUCUUGUUGUGUUUCAAGCAUUUGUUUGCAGUGGCAGCACCAGUGUAUUUUGUGUAUUUGUUGAGACAUUAUUGUUGGAAGGAAGGAUUAUGUAGGGGUUUUGGGCGGGUUUUGAUGAUGGGAUCAGUGGUAGUGGCAGUUCUUGCAGUGGCAUUUGGACCAUUUGUGUAUCAUGGGCAGAUACAAGUUGUCAUCCGUCGCAUGUUUCCUUUUGGCAGGGGACUUUGCCAUGCAUAUUGGGCUCCAAAUUUUUGGGUAUUUUAUAUUGUAUUGGAUAAAGGGAUUGCAGUCUUGCUUAGAACCCUAGGUUUUGGCAUUCAGGCACCAGCAGCUUCAUUCACUGGUGGACUAGUCGGUGAUUCCUCUCCUUUUGCCAUACUUCCUCAGGUUACGCCAUUGACAACCUUCGUGAUGGUCCUGCUUGCCAUAUCUCCUUGUCUUAGUAAAGCUUGGAGGAAUCCGCAACCUGAGAUGUUCACUAGAUGGAUAGCCUAUGCUUACACAUGUGGUUUUUUAUUUGGGUGGCAUGUUCACGAGAAGGCAUCACUCCACUUUGUGAUCCCCCUUGCAAUUGUUGCGAUGCACAGUUUGGAGGAUGCAAAGCAUUACCUUUUGGUGUCAAUAGUGUCUUGCUAUUCGCUCUUCCCGCUUCUAUUUGAAGCCCAGGAAUAUCCAAUAAAAGUGCUGUUGCUGCUGUUACACUCCACUCUAAUGUGGUUUGGUUUCUCGGCAUAUUUCUGCAGCAGGUCAGCAGUUAAAGAAAAUACACCUCUGCAGAAAAGGGGUAAUACGUUGGGAUUGAAAGAAAGUUCUGCUGCCGCUAACACGGAAGAAAGGUUUGUUCUUGGUUGGGUUGGGAAGAGCUAUUUGUUGGGUCUUUUGGUGGUUGAGAUAUGGGGUCAGGUUCUGCACCCCUUCCUUCUUGGCGACAGGCUGCCCUUUGUACCCCUAAUGUUUAUUUCUAUCUAUUGCGCAAUCGGGAUUAUGUACUCAUGGUUUUGGCAGCUAAGAUGGAUAAUUAGAGCCAGUUGAUUGGCAGUCACAUGGAUGUUGCUAUGAUGGUUGCUGAAUAACAAGUCUUGGGCCAUUUUUCUUGCCAAAGAUUCGCAGAGGUUCGACUGUUUGUUCAUAAAAAACUUCUCAGAUUCGCAACUCAGAAGACCGAAGGCUCUGUUUGGUCCGAAGUCUCUGUUCAAAUGAAUGACCCAUUAAUAUGAUUUGAUCAUUGAAUUCUUGGAUUUUUCGCUAUAUAACUCCUACUGGAAGAGGGAUUUUUUUUUUUUGGGGGGGGGGGGUGGGGGGUGUUGAAUUUAUGAAUGAAAUUUUCCAGGAAGUUUCUGAUUUACAUUUAAAUUAUGAAAAAUUCCAGAGUUUUUUCUUCUCUUUGAUUCUUAUGGUAGCUGGUUGAAUAUAAAAUGUGUAUCUUUAUUCCUGUUUAGAUUUCAAA